AGCCAUUUCACAAAGCAGAUCAUAUCAAAAGUCAGGUUAUAAAAAUUACAAAGCAAUAGCAAGUUUAAAGACUUUAAAAAAUGGGAGAAAAUAUAAAAAUGAGUAAUCUUUAGCACUGUAUGUAAUGAUUGGAAAAAGACAGUUAUGAGGACUCAUCUGUCUUCAUUUAUCCAUUCAAGAUGGAUGUGCUUUGUAGCCAUAUAUAUAUAUAUAUAAUCUCUUUAGGAUCUUCCAAAUCUCAUGGAUAGGAAAGAUAGACCUCUAAAGAGGCUAUGAUAUGCCUUUAGGAAACUGAGGAUGAGGCCGGAGUAGUAAAUAACUCCUACUUAGAAGGAAGAUAUAGGGUCUCAUCUCUGAGAACAUGGGAGUUAGUUGUGUAAAAGUUCAGAUGAUUUUCAACAUUGUGUAUGGCAAGGAAUAAUUUUUUAAAAAGACCUUCUUCCAGGUACUAGAGGCAAAUGAAUGAUAAAUAAAUACAUGCGAUGGGAUUUUCCAUUAUUUCACAGGAUGGAAAGUUUGAUCUCUGUAGCCUGAUUUGUUCUUUAGCCCUGAACUUGUUCAAGUUGAAUUGUGUGUCCUGAACACUGAUCUAGUUGUUCUCAGACUAGGAUCAGCCAACCGUAGUGGUAUGUUGAUGUAUUCUUGGGAGUUGAGAGUUCUUUAUUAUAAUCUUUUAAUAUUAUGGCUAAAAAAUCCAAAAUAUCUAUCUGUAAAUAUAUAAUGUAAGCAUGGAUUUGUUCAUCUCAUCAACCACCUUAUUCCUAAAUACUGGACUACCAUGUGUUUUAUUUUUAUAAUCACAUUGAUACCAAGUGAUCAUCUAAAUGACAUUAAUUUUUAAUGAUUGUUCAUAAAUUCAUUGCUUAAGUUAUUUACAGAAAAAACAAGUAGCAUUUGUUCUCAGAUUGUUAAUAUAAUUAUUUUUAUGUGUGCUUGACUGUUGUGAUAAAGGGAAGAACAGUUAAAAGAGGACCCUGGUCAAAUUAUUAAGAGGACUGAUUUCUGAUAUUAGCUUUAGUACCUCCAAACUAUGAGAUUUGGGGAAAGUCACUCAAGAGCCCUAGACUUCAAUUACCUUGUAUUUAAAAUAACAGAGUUCAGCUGGAACUAGUUAAUCUGUAAACAAAUAGUUUCCAUUUCAAAAAUUGUGAAGUGAGGCCUUUUUAAAUGGAAAAAGCAUUAGGGAGAAGAAAACUGAUUCAAUUACAGGGUCUUUGGGGGAAAAUUUCUAGCACCACCGUCUCUCCUGAUAACAGUAAAACAUGGUGGGAUAUAAGAACCAAAUACUUAUUGAGUAUUUUCUCUGUGCCUAUCACGACUCUAUUUUAACUCCUGUAAAUGUGACUGUGACUCCGUGAGCUAGAUUAUAUAAUUCCUGUUGGCAGUUAUAAUUGAUAGGCACAGAAAGCCUAAGGAUGGAGUUUGGAAUGUAAUCUGGUCUGUCUGACUCUAAGCCCUGGAUCCAUUGUAAUACAUUAUAACUGCUAGCUUUGCAAAAUGCCUUUUUCCUUUUCUCAUCUAUUUUCACACUAAAACUAAAAUUUAGUAAACUAAAUUCUGAGCAGCACCAAGAAUUUUAGUAAAGGUCCUCUCAUCCUUUAAGAACUUCUUAUGCGAGGAUACUCCUCUUCGCCCACUUUCCCAUACAGAACUCUACUAAAGGUCGAUAAGAAUGGGCUGUUGUUUUUUCCCUCAAAUCCUACACAGAAGUCCUUAAUUCCGGGAUAAGCAUCUGAAUGGAGCAAAUUAGUAUGGUCUGGGAGUUAAGGCAAUUUUCACGUUUGUGUAUGUGAGUGUCUGUGUGUGUCUGUUUUGAGGCGUAACAAAGUCCAGAGAUUAAGGCCGAGUUAAAAAACAAAUGAGGACAAACCAGUCUGCUGAGGUGCGGCCAGAGCAGCAGCAACUGCUUUCUUGAUAAAGGCUGUGAAGACGGCACGUUUUACUCUUAUUCGUGUAUUUCUUUUGACACGUUCCGCCUCUACGAAGCCUCAGAGGUGUUUUAAAAUUGUGUUAGGAAACACACAGAGAUAAGAAAAGGCAAAUGGUCCUGUUCUAGUGUCUCAGGGACGAGGCUGGAAACGCCGCGCGAGUGGGGUGGGAGCGGGGGCCUGUGGUUUUGCUUCUGUCCGGGCUAAAGGCUGAGUAAGGCAGGGCCCCUCCUUCGGCAGAUGGGUUUCUCCCUCAUUCCACCCUCUACCCACCUCCGGUUCCGCGUGCACGCGCGGGAUAGCCCAGUGGGCCCACAGAUAACGACCAUCGGAGAUUAAUGAAGGAAAGUCAGCGAGCUCGAACACAGGCGUCCGGUGUGGAAGUGUCCAAGGAGACCGCCAGAAGUGCGCAAGCCGGAGUCUGUGAGAGUUUCCUUCUCACCGAGAGGGGGAGCCCCGCGUUCCCGGCCGGGAGCGACCCGGAGUCCCGAGCCCCGCGUCCCAGCUGCCGCCAGAGCCAGUUUUGGAUUCAGCGGAUUAGGAAGAGGAGGGAGGGGGGAGAGCGCGCGAAGAGGGAGGGGACCGAAGCUGGAGGGUCCCGAGUCCAGCGCCGUGUUGACGUAGAGAAACUUUCCCUCUCGGCCUCGGAGACGGGGCCCCGGCUGUGCUGGAGCGGAGAUCGCCAGGCUCGGAGGACCCGGCAGCUCUUCACGCCCCUGCCCGAAGCCUGACCUGACUGCAUCUCUCAGUGAGGCAUCCACUGGGAGUCUUGAGAUGUAUCUCCCGCAGUUAUUUAUGAUUCCAUCUGAUAUACAUAGGAGAGAAAGUGAUAGAAGAAUUCUGAUGGCAACUGUAUGAUAGAAGCUAUAUAAAGUCAAGUGUCCAUUUUCUUUCAACUAUAUUUGAGCAUACCCAGGAUAUAAGGCGUGGAACUGAACAUUUAUUUGGCUGAUCCUCAUCAUGAACCGUGCUUUUAGCAGGAAGAAAGACAAAACAUGGAUGCAUACACCUGAAGCUUUAUCUAAACAUUUCAUUCCCUAUAAUGCAAAGUUUCUUGGCAGUACAGAAGUGGAACAGCCAAAAGGAACAGAAGUUGUGAGAGAUGCUGUAAGGAAAUUAAAGUUUGCAAGACAUAUCAAGAAAUCUGAAGGCCAGAAAAUUCCUAAAGUGGAGUUGCAAAUAUCAAUUUAUGGAGUAAAAAUUCUAGAACCCAAAACAAAGGAAGUUCAACACAAUUGCCAGCUUCAUAGAAUAUCUUUUUGUGCAGAUGAUAAAACUGACAAGAGGAUAUUCACUUUCAUAUGCAAAGAUUCUGAGUCAAAUAAACAUUUGUGCUAUGUAUUUGACAGCGAAAAGUGUGCUGAAGAGAUCACUUUAACAAUUGGCCAAGCAUUUGACCUGGCAUACAGGAAAUUUCUAGAAUCAGGAGGAAAAGAUGUUGAAACAAGAAAACAGAUCGCAGGGUUACAAAAAAGAAUCCAAGACUUAGAAACAGAAAAUAUGGAACUUAAAAAUAAAGUACAAGAUUUGGAAAACCAACUAAGAAUAACUCAAGUAUCAACAUCUCCACUGCUGCACGAUAUGUCUGAUCAUGAGCAACACGGGUUUCAGAGAUGCUCAUCCUCUUUCUGGCGUAGUAGUGGUGAUUCAUCUCCCUGUCUCAAUAUUUCUUCCAUGUCUGUCACUCCUGUCAACUCACCUGAUUCCAGACUAUCACUGGGACUGUUAAUACCACCACCUUCUAAAUGUGGCUUUCCCAAGCCAGUCAGUGAGAGCAGCAUCCCAAGACCGCAUGCAGGCAGUAUGACACCUCAGUCGCCCUCCACUGACAUCUUUGAUAUGAUUCCAUUUUCUCCAAUAUCUCACCAGUCUUCAAUGCCUACUCGCAAUGGCACACAGCCACCUCCAGUACCUAGUAGAUCUACUGAGAUUAAACGGGACCUGUUUGGAGCAGAACCUUUUGACCCAUUUAACUGUGGAGCAGCAGAUUUCCCUCCAGAUAUUCAAUCAAAAUUAGAUGAGAUGCAGGAGGGGUUCAAAAUGGGACUAACUCUUGAAGGCACAGUAUUUUGUCUCGACCCAUUAGACAGUAGGUGCUGACAUCAAGAACAAGAAAUCCUGAUUCAUGUUAAAUGUGUUUCUAUACACAUGUCAUUUAUUAUUACUUUAAGAUAGGUAUUAUUCAUGUGCCAAUAUGUUUUUGAAUAUUUUAAUAUUUUGAAAAUUUUUUCAGUUAAAUUUCCUCACCUUCACUAUUGAUCUAUAAUUUUUAUUUUAAAAACAACUUACUAUAAAGUAGAUCAUACUUUUAUGUUCCUUUCUGUUUCUACUGUAUAUGAAUUUGUAAUUGAAAGACAUAUUAUACAAAUACCUGCCUUGUGUCUGAGUUCUAUUUAGUUAGCAUCUUGAAACUUGUAUUCAUUUUCCAGAUUGCUGGUUUAUUAAUGAUUUCCCAAAAGCCAUACCUUAAAGAUAACUUUUUAAAUUCUGAAGAGAUAUGCCAAUGCCAAACUAAACAUGGUCUAUUUUCAAACCAACAAACAUGUUACUAUUCAUUAGACAGAUGUCAUUUUAUGUAUAAAUACUGUUCACAUCACUGGGAAAAUGUAAACUUUAAACAUAAUGCCACAAGGUCACUAAUUUCUAGCAGGUAAAAUUAUAAGGAUAUAAAUUCCAAUAAUAAACCAAAUGUAUUUAGAGUAUUUAUUAGUAAAUGCAAGGUGAUGUUAGUUAUGAUCAGUUAUACUCUAAAUAUUUAAUUUGUUUUAUAAAGAUAAUGAAAAAAUGAAAAUUUGCUAUUUAUUAAAAAACUUUAAAUUUCAUUCCAAAUGAGAUAAGUUAUAUUACUAUAACAUCUAAGCAUCAUCUGAUUUGAUAUUCCCUAAAAAACAUUUGGAAUAUAUGCUAUCUAUAGAUUCAGUGUCUAUUACCCAUAUUUACUUUACCAAAUAUAUUUCUUCUCACUACGUAAGGACUACUCUUCUCAUAUUUUCUUUGAUGAAGAUAUUUUUCACCAAAGUUUAUUUUGUGAUGCCCCAUUGGUUUUGAUACUUUAAAAUCUGUGACACCCAUUCUAUAUGAAUUAUCAAUAUUAUUUGGUAAAUUCAAUUUGUAUUUGUUUUGUUAAAGUCAAAAAUCUCAUUAAAAAAAAAACCUCGUUACUGCUCAGUUUAGUCUUGAACAUGAGCAAUAAAAUUCUCCUGCAUUUCAUUCUUGAUGUGCUGAUGAACUUAGACUUUUAAAAAUAUUUGUUUCCUAUACCUUUACCCAUUACAUAACAGACUAAUUUGUACUCAGUAAAGCAAAAAUUUAUGAUCAAAAUUUCUAACUUGGUUCAUCACAUUAUAAGAUAAGUAAAUUAAAUUAAUGAAAAUGUGACUUAAAUUAGGGGUAACCCUCAAAAAUAGAUUUAUCAUUUACUUAUGGGAAUUUUCUUCAAGUGUUAAAGGUACAUUUUCACUAGGAAAAGAAAUCAAAUAUGCUUAUGCAAUAUAUAUUUGUCUGUUUUUCCUUAAUGUUAUAUGGUAUAUAUGAGCCUUCUUGUUUAGUUUCUUUUAUCUGCUAAGUUGUACCUUAAUUAGAGGACAAUAUAUGUUUCAUAAGGAAGAGUCUUUAUAAUUUUGUUUGUCAGAUAGUAUUUUGGAAUUUGUAUAAUGAGGAUGUUUAGAAGCCAUAUAAGUGGCUUUUUUUUAACAGAUAGAAUUUGUAUUUUUAUUGUACUUUAAAAAGAUUUAUGUAAUAGGUAUAUAUUUAGUGGCCAUUUAUUAUCAAUGGUAACACAAUAGAGUACUGAGAUGGUAUUUGCACAUUUAAGAUCUGUUACUUUACCAAUUUUUAAUGGUAAUCAACUCUGCUACUGGCAUGAUGAAAUAGUACAUAAUUGGUCAUUAAUUAUGAACAUUUAUUUCUCCAGUGCGUUUUUAUGAAGAUCUGGUUGAAAAUUGUAUUUCUAUGUAAACUCAAUGAUAUGUUUGGUUUUCCUGAAAAUAAAUGAUUUUAAAUAAAUUAAA